AUGCAGUUACCGGCUCGUCCACGUAAUCGACACUCCUCAGCUGAUAAUAUAUCAGUGUGCAGUGGUGGCACAAUUACGAGUAAUUUCGAAGCGGCCGCAGCCGCAGCACAACAUCCAAGGCAUGAACGCUAUGCGGCACAUUUACCCGUCAAAGGUGCCGAGGUGAGCAGUGGACGCUUAUCGUCGACUAGUGUUGAUUCGACGAACAGGUUUACGAGUGUGUCUCCGAAUGUUUGUCAAUUCGAGUAA